AGAUAUGUAAGUACAACAGGACGACUGUAAUGGCUGACGUGUAUCGAAUGUAAAUACAGUUUGUAUCCUUAUUUUUUACAGUGUUAAAUGCGACUGUGUUGCGAAGAAUUCAUCAUUCCUAUAUUGACCAAGCAUACUAAUAUACAAUAACUAAGCAUUACGUUGAUUGAAGCAUAGAUUUCACGAUGGCCGACGAAAGAUCUGAUCUGUGUGAAUGCAUAUGGAGCCAUGAAUUCGCUAUGCAACGUCUACUUUCAAUUUUACGGCAGAGUCAAAGUUACUGCACGGAUAAUGAAUGCUUCAGUAUCUCGCAAUUACCAGGACCACGCGAUGAUCCAUUGCCCUCAAACUUUUUCAUGACUAUUUUGUUAGUUAUUGCAUUCGCUAUUCUUAUGUACGCUUUUAGGCCAAAUUCUCUUAGAUCAAAUUCUCGUCAAUCGAGCAACGAUACAGUUAAAGAUCGAGAUAACGAACGCGACUCAAACAAUGAUCCUCCUGCACCACCACCGACUGCAUAAUAAGUGUAAUAUGAUAAACACUCCCGGGUGAAUUUUCAUAGUAGAAUCUGCUAAGCUUAUGAAAACAGAAACCGAAGAGAAGAUAAUUAAUUAAUUCAUUCGAUUUAUAUGGUAUUGCUAGCACAUAUUUAAUCUAACCCAAUAACUGCCAAUAAUUGCCUUUUACAUGUUUGGAAACUAUUAUAUUUAUAUACUUUAAUGAGCACACAUCUCUUCUUCAGUUACUAAUAUCUAUCACAUGUCAGGAGAUGUGUGUACAAGAAAAAAAUAUAAGUUAAAUAUAAUACGUACAUAAUCACCGUGUCACAGGCUGUUGAAAAUUAAUCUUUUACAAACACGUGACAGUUUUAAAUAACACACUGAAAUUGUGAUUACUAAGCUGAAAUAAUAAAAACUCUUUUAUCAUGUUGUUA